UGGCAGAACUUAGGACCAAUGAGCACCACCCUUUCCUCUGAACACUCAAGCAGGCAGACAGACAGGCAGCUCAAAGCUAACAAUCGUUGGAAUGAAAAUGCCGUCCUCCUUAUUCAACAUUGCGUUGCUUUCAUUUUUACAGGUUUUUAUUGCAUCACAUUUCACAGAGGUCUUAGCUGAAGGCAACGGACGAGGGUUUGGCGACCACAUUCACUGGAGAAGCCUUGAGGAUGGGAAGAAAGAGGCUGAAGCAAGUGGACUGCCUCUGAUGGUCGUUAUUCACAAGACUUGGUGUGGUGCCUGUAAAGCACUAAAGCCCAAGUUUGCUGAAUCGAAGGAGAUUUCUGAGCUGGCACAUAACUUUGUCAUGGUCAACUUGGAGGAUGAAGAGGAGCCAAAAGAUGAGGCCUUCAGCCCAGAUGGUGGUUACAUUCCUAGAAUACUUUUCCUUGAUCCUGCUGGUAAAGUCCACUCUGAGAUCACAAACAAAAAUGGGAAUCCCAACUACAAGUACUUUUACAGCAAUGCAGAUCAUGUUGUGACUGCCAUGAAGGAAGCUCAAGAGAAGCUAACUGGGGAUGCCUUCAGGACUGCCCACAUUGGAGAUGAACUGUAAGAAGGUCAGAUUCAUCAUGGAAAGAUCUUAAGCAGUACACUACAUGACUUCACUGGGCACACUUCUUCUCAGAUCCUCAACUCACAGCAUUUCAUUUGAUUUGAUCUGAUAUGGCACAUCAUUACAUUCAAAAUGAAGACAUUUCAAAUGCAUUUUUACUGAUUAAAUUUCAAGGUUUCGUA